AUGCAGGCAUCUAAAAACAAAGCUGGGUCUUCCCCGAGGGCUCAGCCUGGGACAGCCCCGGCAGCCUUUGGCUGCCGUAUGGAAGAUCACAGCAAGUACGUCCAGCCCGUCCCGCUCCCGGCCGUGCAGCAGAACUUGAACUAUGUGUACCCUCAAAUCUUUUGGGUGGACGGCAGUUCCAACACCACUGCGUCCUGCCCCCCAGCGCCCUCCGCCGCUGCUUUCCCACCGCCAGUGCCUGACCGGAGGAGAAAGCCGAGGAACAGGGAAGGGAGGAGUGUUGGCUUCCUGGUGACCUCUUUGCUGAUCCUGCUGGCCCUCACUGGAGUGGGGCUGAGCAUGUUUCAGAUUUUCCAUCUGGAGAAAGAGCUAGCUGAACUCAGAGAGUCUACCGCCUCUGAACGCAUCCCUCCAGCUCUGGAGAAACUCAUAGGGCAAAAGGAGCAGUUGUUGAAAUCAGAGGGCAGGAAGGCAGCUCACUUAACAGGGAACCCGGCCCAGCAGGACCUGCCUCUGGAGUGGGAACCCACCUCUGGGCAUGCCUUCACCAGUGGCAUGCAGUACCAUGCCCAGGGCCUGGUCAUCAACGAGACUGGGCUCUACUUUGUGUACUCCAAUGUGCUCUUCCGCCACAGCCUCUGCACCGGCCAGGUGCUGACCCACGUUGUCUACAAGAGAAACCCCACCUCACCCAGCAGCCAGGUGCUGAUGGAGGACAAAAUCCUCAACUACUGCAUGGGUCCCCAAAAGUGGGCCCGGAAGAGCUACCUGGGGGCUGUGUUUAAGCUGGGGAAGAUGGACAGUUUGCACGUCAAUGUCUCCAAAAUAGCUCUGGUUAGUUUUGAGGAGUCCAAGAUGUUCUUUGGCUUGUUCAAGCUUUGA